ACGGUUGAAGAACAUCACAAUUCCAAUCCUUAUUAGCACCUUUUUUGAAAAUUUCAUUUUGUUUCAUUCAGGAAAUGAGUGGUGUUCAGUUUCUAAUUUCUAUGCUGAACCUUUUGGCGUAGAAAUUGGAAUCUUAAGCGAUGGGCAGCAAUAGCAUGAACUGUAAAUGCCUGAAAGCAUAUUUGACGGUUUCGCUUUGUAUUUCGAAGCUGCCCCUUCUCCCAUGGCCUCUUCUUUCCCAGCUCAGUUUUUCUCCUUUUUAUUCAGCCAUUGCAGCACAAGAUCCAGAUCCAUGUGGUAAUCACACUUCCAAGGAACGGGUUCUCUCUCUGUUCAAGCGUUGUUCCGCCUUGGAACAUGUGAAGCAGAUUCAUGCUCACAUGAUCCAUACUGGCCUUGAUCAAAACCUCUGUCUUGCUGGGAAGAUCGUCCUUUUUUGUGCUGUUUCCGAGCGCGGUUCGAUGGAUUACGCAGCCUCAGUUUUUGAAAAUACUAAGAAUCCUGAUGGAUUCCUCUGGAACAAUAUGAUUAGAGGGUUUGUAAGGACGGCCCAAUUUGAUAAGGUUUUUAGUUUCCACAAGAAAAUGCAAGAAAUGGGAGAAGUUGCGGACAACUUCACGUUAUCUUUUUUGCUUAAAGCUAGUGGGCAGAUGGGAUCAGUUUUGUUGGGAAAGCAGAUGCAUUGUUGCGCUCUCAAACAUGGGCUGGAAACUCAUGCAUUUGUGGGGAACGCUCUGAUUCACAUGUAUGGCAUGUUGAGGGAAAUUGAAACUGCGCGCCAACUGUUUGAAGAAAUACCCAAACCACACCUGGUAGCUUGGAACACCAUUAUUGACUGCCAUGUUCAUUGUGGGAAGCAUAGAGAAGCACUUGAGCUGUUUUCCAGAAUGUGGGGGAGUGGAAUGGAACCAGAUGAGGCCACAUUGGUUGUGACAAUUGCAGCUUGCUCCGCAUUGGGUGCUUUGGAGUUUGGGAGGUGGCUUCAUUCAUUUGUUAGCCUAUCUGUCCUCGUUGACAUAGUUUCAGUGUCUAAUGCCCUGAUUGACAUGUAUGCAAAGUGCGGCGCAAUUGAUGAAGCAUAUAGUGUGUUCAAUGAGUUGAAUGAGAGGAACAUAGUAACAUGGAAUUCACUGGUUCUGGGAUUGGCAAUCCACGGCCACGCAGACAAAGCAUUGGCACUCUUCAAUAAAAUGUUGGAAGAGAAGCUUGAGACACCAAAUGAUAUUACUUUUUUGGGUGUUCUAUGUGCUUGUAGCCAUAGAGGGAUGGUUGAAGAAGGAAGACGGUAUUUUGACAGUAUGAGACAAGACUACCAUAUCCAGCCAACGAUAAAGCACUACGGGUGCAUGGUGGAUAUUUUGGGCCGAGCUGGAUUGGUGGAGCAAGCUUAUAAGUUGAUAAUGGGCAUGCCAAUGGAGUGCAAUGCCAUUGUAUGGAGGACUCUGUUGGCUGCGUGCCGGUUGCAUGGUAAGGUUGAACUAGGGAAGCAAGUUAGGAGGCAUCUUCUUGAGUUGGAACCAGAUCAUAGCAGUGAUUAUGUUCUUCUAGCGAGCAUUUUUGCAAGUGCCGGCCAAUGGGAUGAGAUGGCUAGAGUAAGAAAAUCAAUGACAAAGAGGGGAGUUCAAAAGCCCAAGCCUGGUAAUAGCCUUAUUGGUAUUCAUCCCAAGUUGAUGGAGCCAACCAAGACCUUUGCAUAGUCGUGAUAAGAGCUUCAGAUGAUAAAGAUUUUUGAGUCUGGUGAGAAAAGAUAGGAAAACAUUCAAAUAGAAAUUCAUAUAUGAGGGAACAGUCUAACAAGGUACAUGCUGAUUUAUUUUCUCAAUCCGUUUACAUUUUGUAAUUGAG